AUCAGUUUGAUAUUCAGCGGUGGAAGUUUCAGCAAUAUGAAAUUACAUUUUCUCUUCGUUUUGAUAAUAAGCGCUCUAGUGGGCACUCUAAUGGCUGCUGCACCUAGCGGUCCACCACCAAGUGGUCCUCCACCAAGCGGCCGACCACCAAGAGGCCCACCACCAAGCGGUCGCCCACCACCACCUAAAAACAGCACUUCCAGUUCCGGCUAAUUUAACCACCCCUUCUUUAUCGACAAUGCUUUGGAUAACUGACAAAUCGCAUAGUAGCUCUCCUCAUUACACCUCCAAUUGGAAACAAAUUUUCACUCACUUUUUUUUUUAAGAAAUAUCAACUUGAAAUGCAUUCAAAAAUAAAAUUUAAAAAAUUUAUUUUUUCACAA